UAUUGUUCGACAAAUAUUUAUCGUCGACUUUCGUCGGUCGAUCAAUUCCGGCGUUCGCACGUGCAACGCCGCGGCCCAUUUCCGCCGGUCCCUUAGUCAGAGUGGCCAGAGCGUGAACCCGUCGAAACAACGUAAUGGCGAAUGCGUCUGUUCAAUCGGGUAUUUGACAAUUAGUGAGCCUCGACCAGUCCCUCGUCGCGUUAAAACGCGGCACAGUUUUCGCCGGGUAAUAUCGCGCGACUUUUCAGGAUCUAUAAACCAUUAUCGAGCUGUGAUCGCGGUCGAAAGUUCUCAGAUUAAUACCGUGGGUGUUGCUGCUCAUGACGAUGAUGUUGCUGCUGGUACUGGUGGUGGUGCUGAUAUGCCAGUGAAUCACUGCACAACAAAACUAUCGACUAUUGUUAAUCAUCGAUAAAAUUUCAAAGACUAACGACUGUGACAAGUAAAUUUUCAUCGAUCUAUUUCCAACAACCAAUCAUCGUCGUCGUCGUCGUCGUCGUUGCUCAACUGUUUUCACCAUAAACAAAACAAGUACCGAACAAAUACUACAUGGAGUAACAGGAUUAUGUACUUUAUUUGAGGAUGAAGGUAACCGUUUGUUUUGACAAUAUAAGGGUGGUCGUUCCAUGCGGAGAUGGAACGCUACUUGUCAAAGACCUGAUGCGCGAGGCCACAUUGAGAUACAAAAAAGCAACGGGACGAAGCGAUGCCUGGUUGACGAUUAACAGCCUGUCGUCAUUGACCGGUGGAGGUCUCCUCGACCCUGACGACAGGCUUUGCGACGUGGCCGACGACCGAGAGCAAAUUGUGGCGCAUUUUGUCUCCGGAGAGACUAUACACGUCGGUGGAGACGGCGCGAGUUCCGUCGGCACGAAUAGUCCGGACUUCUUUCAGACGGAUCACAAGGAACAACACUACGUCGUAAAUCCAAGAGCGGCGAAUUCGUCGAGCCAUAUAAAACGGGAGAGCGCCAAGAGAUUGUCGAUGCAUUCCCUAUCAACCAAAGAACCCUGCCUCUUGACGCCUUACUCGGCUCAAUCUCUUCCCCGUGAAUCCAGACGCAAAGAACCCCUCGGUCAGGACUCAAAGUCGUAUUUUGACUUUGCCGUAUCGAAAAAUGAAAACUUUUGCCUCAACGGUCAAGCCGUUAACGACGCCGAGGAAGUGGUGAUAAAAAAUGAGGCCGGACCCUUGGGACUCCACGUUGUUCCUUGCUACGAUUUAUUGGGCAAUGAUCAGGGACUCAGAGUCGAGAGGAUAGAAAGCAACGGUCGGAUAGCCAGGGACGGUCAAAUCGAACUGCAUGAUAAGAUCGUUAAAAUAAAUGGGAACAAUCUGUUGCAUGUACCAUUCUCAAAGGUUCAAGAGAUAUUCAUGACCGCCAUGAACGAACCGUGUCUCAAGAUAUCCGUCAUAAAAAAUAGGAAAUCGAAAAGCGACAAGGACGCGAAGAACUUGAGCAACCACAGUAACAACUCGAAAAACGAAGCCGACGAUAGCCUGAGGAAAAUACAAUGCAGCAAUUAUAAUCUACUCCAGACGGCUAACACGAGGAAAAUUGGAAGAAUGAUAGAAAUCGAACUAACCAAGGGCACGAACGGACUCGGUUUCAGCGUAACCACCAGAGACAAUCCUGCCGGUGGUCAUUGUCCGAUUUACAUUAAGAAUAUUCUUCCGAAAGGUGCGGCAGUCGAGGAUGGUCGUUUGAGGCCUGGAGACCGUCUUCUGGAGGUGAACAACAUGGAAAUGACCGGAAAGAAUCAGGCGGAGGUAGUUUCGUUGCUGCGAAGUAUUUCACCGGGGGGUAAAGUCAAGAUGGUAGUAUCUCGUCAGGAAGAAGUAUCGUCGGUAACGUCGGACGUGCCGGUAAUACCAUCGUACGUUCCGAGAGAGUUGACGGUUUCAUCUCAUUCCGGCGAAAGCACGACGGAUUAUUGGAACGCUCAAAGCAGAUCGCCGAGCAAGAAACGAGACGUAGACGAACCCGUUGAAAAGACCGAUCCUCACAGCUACACCGAAGGCGGUGUACUAAAGAACCCGAAAACAUCCGACGACGUCAUUCUAUCGCCCAGGAAAAAUCGGAUGAUACUUACGCUCGACAUUCCUGUUCAUGAUUCGGAAAAAGCGGGACUCGGAGUCAGCGUAAAGGGGAAAACCAGCAGCACCGAUGAUAACUCGAGCGUAGAUCUUGGGAUUUUUAUUAAAAGCGUUCUGCACGGCGGAGCCGCUUCGAGAGACGGACGUCUAAGGACCAACGAUCAGCUCCUCAAUGUCAACGGAGUAUCGCUACUCGGUUUGUCAAAUUCCGACGCGAUGGAGACGCUGAGACGCGCGAUGCUCAACACAAACAGCUCCGUCACCGGCGUCAUCACCCUGACGAUAGCUCGUCGAGUUUCAUCCUACGACGGAGGGUGCGAAAAGAUCUACAUCGACUCCGUGUCGAAUUCCAGAUCGAAGACUGACCUGGUCAACAGAGUCUAUGGGGGUACCGAAGCGGCGACUAACCAGAGCGAAAGUAGAGUUAGGGAGAAGAACGAUUUGAAUUGCCAGUCAGACAUGGUGGACAACGGGCAAAUAAACUCGGCGACAUCGACUUCCCCUUGGAACCCGGUUAUAGAUAGACUGACGGAGCAGUACAACAAGAAUAGUCUAAGAAACGAGAGCUAUUGUUUAGCGACGAACAAAACUUGGUUGGAACACGGUAACAAGGGACCAAAGUUGGCCCUGAUGCACAAGGAAGAUUCGAUGGAAUCCAUUCUCGCCGAGGAAUCCAUCAGCCAGGUCGGUAAAAACGAGACGACUAGAAAACACAACUCGACCGAUAAGGAAGGACAGUUUUCCGAGGAUCCGAGCUACGACAGUCAGUUGUCAUUGGAGGAGAUCAGUUCGUCGGGAAAUAAGUUUUCCCGGGAUGCUCUGGGGCGACAAAGCAUGUCCGAGAAGAGGCACGCCGCUCUAGACGCCAAGAAUACCGACACCUACAAGAGAAACAAGAAACUACGAGAGGGAAGAGAGGUGAAAAGCGCUGAACCAUCCUCGACUCAGAAUCAUCAGCGUGAGAAUGUGGAAGUUCCGAUGAAUACGAGCCCGAAGAAGGCGCAGAGCGUUGAAAAUUUCGAAAAAAUUGCCGUCAAGACCAUCUCCAGAGAGAGUACCUUCGUCGACGAGCAAAAGGGGCGACGUAAGGUCAAUCCUGAUCCGGCACCGGACACUGACUACCUCUACACGAUACCUGGACGAACGAAAAUGAUUUCACCGAGAAAACACUGGCUUGUCGACGACGUUCAGGCGGAGAUUUCGGAUGCGAAUAAUUACAGAAGCGAAAACGAUGGUUUUCCGAAUAGCCGAGGCGACGUUAAACAAGCUUCGCUAAAUUCCGCUCUCGACGAUAGAUAUAAAAGGUCGAGGAAAAAAGGUGGCAUCAGAUCGAUGCUCAGACUUGGAAAGAAUAGAAAGUCGCUCAAUUUCGGUGACAAUAUAGAGUCACGCCAAGAGGCUAAUAAUUAUUGCAGUGGAACUAUAAAUUAUAUAGCGUAAUUAAGGUAUUUUCUAUAUAUAUAUAUAUUCCUCCAAUUUCUACACAAAAACUUUUCUCCUCGUUACGAUGAUUGUGCCUUAAGAUUGUUGACGAAAUAACUUUCUGUUACAUAAUAUAUCUAUGUGUAUAUAUAAUUUUAUAUAUUCAUGUUGAAUCGACAUAUUUCUAGACUCUGAACAUAUACUAUUUCGUAAGAAAAAC